CGUGCAUUUUGUAGAUGGCUCACUUAUAAAGAACACUUGGGACAUCGACGGCACAGCGGUAUCCUUUAUCAGUCUGUUCUAUGAAGUGGGUAUCACAGGUUUCAUCUGCUGCAAGGUCUUCACUCUCUAAACAUGUUCCCAAAAGCAAUGGCAGCGUCUUCUUCGUCCUCUUCUGCGGGAGGUGUGAGCGGCAGCUCGGUAACCGGCUCUGGAUUCAGUGCUUCAGAGCUCAUCCCUCCCAGGAAAGUCCUGUACACAUAUCCUAAAGGCGCAGGUGAAAUGAUGGAAGAUGGCUCUGACAGAUUUUUAUGCGAGUCUGUAUUCAGCUACCAAGUUGCCUCCACACUUAAACAGGUUAAACAUGAUCAACAAGUGUCUCGAAUGGAGAAGCUAGCCAGCUUGGUGGAGGAGCUGGAAGCAGAUGAGUGGCGGUACAAACCAAUUGAACAGCUAUUGGGAUUCACACCGUCUUAAAUAAAAAGAUGCCUUAAUGUUUAAUGCUUAAUAAAUCAGCCAAAUAGAAGGAGAUGGUUUAUUUGUUCAUAAAUUAUGUUCCUUCUUUAUGGUUUUAUUCUGUAUCUUAAGUGUGAAAUAUUAUCUGGAGAUACUGAAGGUGAGAUGUAUUAUUUUGUCACUUUUACUAUUGUAUGAGCAUGGUUUGCUUUUUUUAAAACAACUUGUUAUAUUUUACUCAGCAUACUAAAAUAAACCCCUGUCAACAAAAAUCUCCUUGUUAUAUACUAAUAACUAAACAACUCAAAACUUUGUAAUACAUUAUGAAUAGAUUUUUCAACUGGUUUAACCUAAUAAAGUUGUUUUUCCAGUCCAAUCUGUUCUUAGCCUCACUAUUAAUGGAAAGGAUAUCUUUGGUUACGUAGUAAAUGCCUUGAAGUGAGGCAUUGUGUUUCUACAUGGCUGCACUGUAACUCAUAAAUCUGAAAACCUGCUGCCUGCUCAGUCUCUCCGUCCUCUCUGUGUGUCCUCAUCGCUGCUCGCUCCAACAACAGUUCGAGCAAAACAAAGAGAGCUUGUAAAUAAAGUCAUACUUGGACAUUC